AUGUCAAACCUAUCUGCUUUUUUUAGUGUGAAGACCUACAAGCAUGCCUUGAAUGACUAUAGAGUCACUUUUGAAUAUACAUCUACUGUGAGAGAAGUUGACGUUCCGUCCAUUCCAAUGUAUUCAUUUAAGUUCACACCUUACGCAGAUAUACAACAAGCGUCAAACAACAAUGAGUAUACGAUAGAUGUUAUUGGUUCGCUUUUGUCGAUAGGUUCAUUGAAUCACCUAUCGGGUGGAACAAAACAAAACAUUCCAUUUGAACUUGAAGAUAUUGAUGGUUCGAAGGUCAACUGUUUGUUAUGGGGAAAGUUUGCUGAAUACAUACUUCAACGAAUUAAAGAUAUUGGUGUAGGGCCGUAUAUUGUUGUAAUACAAUUUGCAACGACUGAGAUAAAGAAUGGUGAAGUUCAGUCUCAUAAUAGUGGUCAAGUGAUAAGUAAAAAAUCGUCGCAGUCGUCUUACUCGAUGGAAGAUGAUUUCAUACGUAAGACUGUCAGAAAAAAUUUGGACGAACUGAGUGACACAAAUGAGCCUGGCAAAUAUGUUGUAUUGGCCACUAUUAAGGGUCUUGUGAAAACAUCAAAGUGGUGGUACAAUGGUUGCAUUAAGUGUAAUGGAUCUGCUAGACAGGAUUCAAAAAUGUGGUAUUGUCACGUUUGCAUAGCUCAUUGGCCUACUGCUAAGCCAACUUAUAAAGUUGAAGUCAUUGUCAUGGACGAUACAAAUUCAGCUUCGAUGAUUGUAUUUGGGAAAGAAGCUGAAAGGAUGCUAGAUAUUCCUGUAGAAGUAUUAAUUCAAACAGUCCAAAACAGGGGAGAAGAGCCUGUGGAGUAUCCUAUGGAACUUGAGGGGUUAAUUGAUCGAAGAAUGUUAUUCAAAUUGCUAUCAAGGCAUCACGAAAUGGAUGCGAAACAUGAUAAUGGUUCAUCGUCGCUGAGUGUCAAUUAUGACAACGAUGGGUGUGUCUUCUCAUCAAAGGACUCUGGAACGUGUUCUAAUUUUAACGAUGGCGUUGUGGAUGGUGAUAUCACAACUAAUGCUAUUGUGGAUGAUGAUGUCAACGCUAUUACUCCAAUGAAGCGAUCCAACGAUUUUAUUUUGGAUAGUAUUCUCAAUGAUCCUACCGUCCAGCAAUCAUCCACCAAAUUAUUGAAAAAGAUCAAACAAGAGAAAAUGGAGUAA